UCCUCCACCCCCUCCCCCUCCACCCCCGUAGCAAAAGGCGGCAGAGCGCUCUUCGGUGGCGCUGCGGAAAUUCUCUCCAAUUGAACGGCGUGCUCGGGGCGGUGAUGGUGGUGCUGCUGCACACACAGAGAGAGACGAGACACAGAAGAAAGGAGAGAGAUCCUUCAUUUAAACAAGAGGAGGAGGAGGGGGGGGUCUUACAUAAAACAAAACAUUGACACAAAAAAAAACCCCGAAAUGCUGAACGAAGCAAAUUUCCGACGACACCGAGCAUCUUCUUGUUUCCUCUGAUGGUAAACAUCAAAAACCACGAGCGAGAGAGAGAGAGCUGGGUGGGUGGGUAAAGACGGGUUCGUCGCUUUCUCCCGUCGUGUUAAAUGGGGGAGAACAUCGCGCUGGCAAUGUUGCUGUGCGAGUUCGUGGCGGACGACGACCUCACGGCGUGCGCCUUGGUCGAGCUGACGGCGUCGGUCGCCAACGCCGCAGCCGCCGCCGCCGCCGCUCUGACAACAACGACAACACCAACAACGACAACAACAACUACGGCGGUGGUGGAGGUGUUGGAGGCGACGGGAGGCCGAGGAGCUCGCUCCGAAGGGAGCCCUGGCGGAAGGCACUCGUUGUACCCGGGAGCCACCUUCAGAGAUUGCUACCGGGUGGAGCGUUCGACGUUCCAGACUCUGUGCGAGCGUCUGGCGCCACAAUUCGCGAACAGAAGCGUGGGCAUGGAAAAGAAAAUCCUGUGCUCCCUUUGGCUGUUGGGCAACCAGGAGUCGUUUCAAGACGUCGCCAACCGGUUCGGGAUGGGAAAAGGAACGCUGCACUACGUGUUCCGCAGCGUCGUGCAGGCUCUCUCCAAGUGCCAAGCGGAGGCCAUUAAGUGGCCCUCCGUCGACCAGUUGGCCAAAGUCGCUCAAGGAUUUCGAGACAAAAGCGGAUUUCCCGGCGUCGUCGGAGCUCUGGGCGGAACGCACAUCCCCAUUCGAGGACCGCCGUCGCGCAGGAACGCGUACGUCAACAGGAGCGGUUUCCCCAGCAUUCACCUGCAAGCGGUUUGCGACAGCAGGCUGAGGUUCCUGGACGUCGACACGGGCCGGCCGGGAUCCACGGAGGGUGCCGAGGCCCUGAGGAAAAGCCCGCUGUGGAGUCGCCUUGAGGGCCUACGCACGAUGGACUACCACCUGCUGGCGGACUCGGCAUACCCUCUGGAGACUUUCCUCCUAUCGCCGUACGGAGACGACGGACAUCUCACCGAGCUUCAGAGGAAUUACAACAGGGUCCACGGCUCAACGAGGGCGGACAUAGAGAGAGCUUUUGGUCUACUCAGGCGCAAGUGGAGGAGGCUCAAGUACCUCGACAUGACGGCGGUCGCUUACAUCCCAGCCGUUAUCAGUGCCGCGUGCGUACUUCACAAUUUCUUGAUCGACAUCGAGAGGUUGGGCGGGGACGAGACGGACCCGGAUACGCACGACGACGACGAUGGAAAUCCAGGAUGUGCUAACCGGGACGUUGAGCUGACUGCUGCGAGUAAAAGAGAUGGCAUUGCUCGUACGUUGGCCACUACUGGAUUCAGAACUUCGAGAACCAGCCCGGAGUAAAAUCUUGCCAAUGUUAUUCUUGGUUCUUUCGGUAAAGUCACGUAGAAGGGAAAUAAAAAAAUAAAUAAAAAUU